AUUGGAACCUAUCAGAUCCUCAUGUGUUCUUGACGGAGUAUUUCAACAGAUCGUUUCGUGUUGCGUUAUACUACGGACGGGACCAUGAUGAUCCCAAGCAUCCUUGCGCCUAAUGCGAUGUACCCAGGCCUUUACCGCCCCUCCGCCUCCUUGCCGGUACACCAGUCCCUGCAGAACGCAUUUCCAACCCAUUCCAGCUUCCUAGUGGAGGACUUGCUGCGGAUAAGCAGGCCGCCGGGGUACCACCUCAGACGGACGCUCCCCUCAGCAAGCGUCUCCCCGGCGACAACCACCACCACCAUGUCCUUCAGUGCCAUGCCACUGGAGCGCAUCGUCUCUCCAACUGUCUUGAGGCGCGAAUCAUGCGCGCCGAAAACGUCACAACCGAGCAGUAAAGAUCCAACGUACCUUAAGUUUGGAGUCAGCGCAAUCCUUGCGCCAUCACCAAAGACAGCAUCGUUGCCCCCCGCCAUCCACCACAGUAUGCACCCCAAGGCCUUCUCUCUCCCCUACUUCGACGGAUCCUUCCACCCCGCCUUCUUCAGGUCUGCAUAUUUCCCAGCCUCUUCAUCGGUCGUGCCCAUCCCCGGGACUUUCUCUUGGCCGCUGGCCAACAGAGGGAAGCCGAGGAGAGGGAUGCUCAGACGGGCGGUGUUCUCUGACGUGCAGCGCAAAGCUCUGGAGAAGAUGUUCCAGAAACAGAAAUACAUCAGCAAACCAGACAGGAAGAAGCUGGCCUCAAAGCUCGGCCUCAAAGACUCACAGGUUAAAAUCUGGUUCCAGAACCGCAGAAUGAAGUGGAGGAACUCCAAAGAGAGGGAGCUCCUGUCGUCAGGAGGUUGUCGAGAGCAGACCCUGCCCACUAAAACGAACCCACACCCAGAUCUCAGCGACGUCGGCAAGAAGUCCUCCGCGGAGGAAGAGGAGGACGAGAUGGAAGAGGACCCAUUCCGUGCUAGAGGCGCGCCUGGCCUUUGCCAUUCCCCCGCGGCGGGGCGCGAGUUGUCUAACAGCGCCGGAUCGAACCUCUCGUCGCCAUCUCUCUCCAGCAAGCACUCGGAGUUCUCAGAAUCGGAUGAAGAAGAAAUCACAGUUUCAUAAUUUAUUUGCUUAUAAAAUGGUUAUCCACAUAUUAACUGUACCUGUGUGACCAGGUUUGCUAGAGGCUGUAUCCCUUAAUUUAGACCCAACGAAGAUUCUUUUUUUCAUGUUCCACCAACUUUUAAAACAAUGAACUUCUGUCCAAACAAUUUAAGCUAUAUCCAUGAUUAUUUCUUUUAAAAAUAACUGCAGGGUUUAUUUUAUAGGAAGGGCCGGCUCUUGCCUUUGACAGAGUUUUAAAGUCAAUUUCCUUAAAUUCUACACAUUUUGCCAUGUGGCAUAUGGAAAAUGAGGCUGUUUUAAAGCAAGUUUUCAGCAGUUCUAUAUAUUUUGCCAUGGGGUGGAAAGAAAAGGUUGCAAUUUUAUUAUACAUUUCAUGCAAUUCUACUCAUUUUGCCAUGGGGCUGAGAAACAUUUUUUGCCGUUUUAAAGCAAGUUUUCUGCUGUUCUACACAUUUCGCCAUGGUGCAGAGAGAAACUGUUGACAUGUUAUGUCAUUCAGUUCCAUUCAUUUUGCCAUGACAUGUCAUGUUAAUGCUAUCAGAGUGAGAGUGACUAACAAAAUUAAUGGGGCCCUGGGCCCGGUCGGUAUUCGGCAUGAUUUUCUACAAGUUUUGAUAACUGCCUAGACUAACUUACCGAUCUAAAAAUUGUUUGCAGGAAUGGCUAAUUGAGUGACUGUCAGUGACUGACAAAACAAGAGAAGAGCUGCUGAUGCACAACCAAAUUUCAAACUUGCACCUUGUGUAUUCUACUAUUCUAACUCAACAGUAAGUUGAGAACCUGACUGAGUUUUUUUUAAAUAUGGGGGGGCCCUAGUGGCCGGGGGCCCUAAGCGACCACUUAUAUCGCUUAUGCCUGGAGCUGUCCCUGUUUAUAGGAUAUACUUAGAAAUGAUUUGCUGUUUUGCACAGCUCUUUCAAUUGUACAGUAUUUUGUACAACUAUUUGUAUGGACAUUUUAUGCCAAGAAAAUUGAGUUACCUGGACUACUUAGAGUUUUUAUUGAAAAGUGUAGAAAUUUUGUGCAUAAUUUAUACGAUUUUGUUAAUUCAAUGUAUUGUGUGUGUGUGUGUAUAUAUAUGUGUUAAUAUUUCCCCAUGUUUUAUUUCAAUGUAUUGUGUGUAUAUUUCACGAUGUUUUGUACAAAUACCAAAUAAAAUGUAACAG